CUUAAUGUUUUAAGUCAGCUGUGUGCAGAGAAGAUUUUAUCUCCUUGUAUGUGUCGUUCAGAGACGGAGCCGUAACUGUACUAUCAACUAAUAUUCACCUACAGUUAUUCAGUUGUCAUUUGUUAAAGUCCUGGUCAAGUACGGUUGUCUUCAGAAGUAUUGUUGUCGUCCGAAGCACUGAUUUUUGACGAGUGUAAGAUUCAAAAUGGCGGAUCGGAUCGUGUGAAGUUGAGUUUAUAGAACACUUGGGAGAAAUUUCUCUUGCACAUUACGUUUCUCUGUGCUAAGCGAUCGUGCAGUAUGACAGUGUUUCAGAAGAUCCUUCUCUACUCACCUACCCACCUUGAGAAAGUAUCGUGUAUAAUUCUGUUUGUGUGAGAACGUUAACCUCUGUCGUAUGUGAAUCGUCCUCCGACACUGAUCACAGGAACCAAAGAGAGAUCAGCUGGUUGACCUUAACAAAAUGACGGCCGUUGCAGUGUUUACCUGUCGCCCCAAUUCACAUCCUUUUCAAGAACGACGUGUUCUUCUCAACGAACCGGUUAAAAUUGGACGUUCCGUGGCGCGGAGUAAACCAUCCCCCAAUAAUGCCAUCUUUGACUGUAAAGUUUUAUCAAGAAACCAUGCCUUAUUAUGGUAUGAAGCCGGCAAGUUCUACUUACAAGACACAAAGAGUAGUAAUGGAACAUUUAUUAAUAACCAACGGCUUAGUAAAGGAUCUGAAGAGAGUCCCGCCAGGGAGGUUAAUUCUGCGGAUAUCGUUCAGUUUGGGGUUGAUGUCAUGGAAAACUCAAGACGAGGUGUUGUCACCCAUGGUUGUAUUAUUGCAACAGUUACUCUCUAUACACCCGAUGGUAAAGAAGCAAAAAGUUCAAUGAAUACUUUGAUGCCAUACAAUAGUAGUAGCAAUGUACAGUCUCAGGAUCUCUAUCAAUUAAGUCAUUAUUUACAGGAAGCACUUCAUAGGGAACAAAUGUUAGAACAAAAAUUAGCAGCAUUACAAAGAAUAGUUGCAAAUACUCAGGAAGCUUCUGAAAAUGGUUGGCAAGCUCUUAUAGAUGAAGAUCGGUUAUUAUCUAGGUUGGAGGUGCUUGAGGCGCAGCUGCAAUCGCUUUCAAAGGCCCAACCGGAAGACAGUAUACGAAAAGAAUUAGUAGCUCUCCAAGAUGACAAACACAAGUAUGAAACAACUGCCAAGGAAUCGUUAAGACGGGUCUUACAAGAAAAAUUAGAAGCUGUUAGAAAACUUUCAGAUCUUGAGAGGUUGUUUAGCAAUACUGAAGAUGAGCUUUCACAUGUCAAGGAAUCCUCAGAUGACACACAAGAAGAACUUAAUGCACUUUGUGAAAAACACAAUAAAACAAAAACUGAAAUGCAGGAAAUGACGGCAGAGCUGGCUGAAAUUAAACGGACUCAUGAGGAGGAGGUUGAAAGUGUGAAUGCUAAUAAAAGGGAACUCCAGACUAAAUUAGAACUUUCUGAAAAACGUGAAGAGGCGUUAUCUGCACAGAUAGAAUCUUUGCAGGCUGAUUCUGAUUUUACUAAACAGCAGUUAGAAGCAAUGAAAGCUCGUUUAGAGACCAUACAAGCUCAGCAGCAGCAUCUCCAAAAACAAGAUACACCGCCAUCAACAACAACAACAACAACAUUAAAAGAUUCACCACAAGGCCAUGGUGAUGCCCAAAAUGAUAUCUUAGACAAAACAGACGGUGACGGACAAGAAGAUGUAACAAUGCAAGUUUUAGAAGACGUCAACACAAGUGAUGAACUUGUUGACACAUCAGGCUCUUCCACUAGUCAUAAUACAUCAACAGAUUUACUUAUGCAGUAUAAAACCACUAUAGAGAACAUGGAGAAGCAGUUACAAGAAAAACAAGACAAGUUAGAUAAUUUACAAGUACAACUUGAACAAGCUAGAUUAGAAGCUAUACAAAGCAUUGCCCAGGUUUCAUCACUAGAGGAACAGCUGUUUAAUUCACAGGACAUAGAAGAUAGUAAAUUGGACAAAGCACUUACACAACUCACCUCCCGUCUUGAAGAAGCAAAAAGGCAGAAUGAAAGAAGUGAUGAACUGAUCAGAUCAUUACAGGAACAAGUUACACGUCAGUUAGACGAAAGUACAGACACCGUGAUGAAUGAUGAUGAUGGACUUAGACCAGAGGACUCUUUCUUACUUACAAAACUCCCGGAUCAAUUGGGAAAUUUACAUAAUCAUAUAGGCAACAGCAAAGAUACAUUGAGUAAUACAGCUGAAAAAUCACUUUCAAUGUCUGGUACACAACAUGAUGGUGUAUUGGAAGAUUCAGGCAAUGACUCUCAGGAACUAACAAGUCUACAAGCACUCCUGUCUCAGAGCUCAGCCAAACUGAAAAUGACUGAAGAGGAACUUCACAAACUAAAAAAUGAACUAUCAGAAUCCCAGGAAACAACGGUGAAAGUGUUGAGUGAGAAUAUGCAGCUGAAAGAACAACUUAUGGAAGCUAAACAGGAAGCCAAAGAUUCAAUUGAUCAUGCUGUUGACUUACAAGAACAAUUGAACAAAGCAGAAGCCUCGGCUAAGGAAGUCAAAGAACAGAUUAUUGCACUUAGAGAUCAACUUCUAGAAGAACAAGAAACCGCUAAAACUAACCACAAAGCAGCUGAAAACCUAAAAAGUAUUUUAUCUAAAGAACAGGAAACGUACAGACAGAAAGACAAUAUGUUGGACGAUAUCAAAAAACAACUACUUGAUGCACAGCAGUCUGCUAAACAGAAUCAUAAUGAAGCAAAACAACUUAGAGAUCAAGUGAGGGAACUGCAAAGUGCAUUAGAAAAAGAAAAAAGAGAGCGGAUAAAACAAGCCCAGGAAGCGAACCAAGCUAGCAAAGCAGCUAAAGAAUUGCAACGUCAAGCACGGAAAUAUGAAGAUGAGACAAUGCGGAGUAAAGGUAUUGAAAGAUACCACCUAGAUGUACCUGAGAAUGGUGACGAUACCAGUGAUGAGGAAAUAACUCCACUCACACAUUUACAAUUACCAGCUGACUUGAAUGGCUUGAAAGAAGAAUGCAGUAGUCUCAGGAAAAAGAUACACACUGUGGAACAGGAACUUAGAAAGUCACGGAAAGACAAUAGUCGAUUGAUGCAGGAUUUCAACCGAAUACAGACACAGUGUAAAGACGCAGAGGCAGAGCGAGUUAAAUUGGAAGAUAAAGAAAACACAUGGAAAAAAGAACUCAAAGAGUUGAGGAGGGAUAAAGACAAAUCUCGCAAGGAGCUCAUUGAAAUAAACAAAGAGAAUUCAAGACUUAAGCAAAAAUGUACAGAUAUCGAAAAUAAAAGUAAAAUUUUAAAUAACCAAGUAACCCAGCUCACGGAAGAUGCAGGGGCACGAGCCACCAAGGUCACAUCCAUAUUGAUACUUUCAGCGAUUGUACUCUUAUUUGCAAUCUUAUCAAGGUUAUUUUCUGGUGUGUUUGGAAGUUCAGCAUCGUCCACAGAAGGAUCAAUAAGCUCGUGAUGUUAUAUUGUACGCUGAUUAUGAACUGUGCCAAUAUAUAUUCCAUUGUUAAUCAAUUGAAAAUCACUUAGCAGUGGGAAUGUAUUAGAGACGCAAUUUUUUAAACAAUAUCAUUCUGGUUUUUUAACUUAUUCAAUCCUGGAGGAUGCCAGACAGUAUUAUGUAAUGAAAACCAGUGAUGGUUAAAAUAUCCCCUAAUUUUCAAAUGAAUAUGAUGAAGUAUAAAUGUGUAUUUGACAUAUAUGAACUACAGGAUCAUUUCUCUGUACAAUUUCU